CCUUCUGGUUAUUCUGAUUUCUGUGAUAACAUUAUCAAAUUUAAUAUGUACAUUUUUACAUAUAUAUUAUUAUUAAUAAUAUUUAUCCACCAAUAGUCAUAAUACAAGUUUUCAAAGUAGGAGUACAGGUGUCAGGUCUGUGUAUAUUAUUUAGGUUUCAAUCAAAAUGGAAAUUGACGAGGAAACUAUUUUUGCAGAGGAAGAAGCGCCAACGAUGUUUGAGAGUGUUUUGGGAUUUAUUGAAAACCAAGGAUGGUACAUAUUAGGGUUCAUUGCUCUAUUUGCAUAUAUUGUGACCAAGUUAUGGCCUUAUUAUGAAAAAUGGUCACUGCAAAGAAGGGAAACAUCAUAUGAAGCAGAAUUAAAGAAAAAUCCUGAUUUAUAUAAACAAAAGCAAGAAGAAUUACAAAAAGCUAGAGCUAAAUUUCAAGAGGAUUAUGAAAACAAGGCAAAAAUUGCAUUAGAAAAACAAAAAGAAAAAGAGCAAAAACUUCUUGUUGAAAAGCAAGCAAAGUUAAAUAACACUGCAGCUGGAUAUACUUUAAACGAUUCUGGAAAAUCAAAACCUUAUAAGCCAGACUAUAACCCAUUAAUGGGGUCCGGCCAUGGUUCAAACUACAGACCACCCAGACGAAGUCGGUGUUCAGGUGGAGGUUGUGGAUGAAGAAGAAAAUAUUUAUAUAUUUACAAAUAAUUGACAAUAUAAUAAAUUUAAAUUGUACCUACAUUUUGUUAGAUAACAAAUAAUAGUGAAAUAACGUGAUUAAAUACUUUGAAAAUUAUAACUAGAUUAUUACUUAAAUUAUUAAUACAUUAAAAAAUAUAUAAAUUAGGUCUAAACCCAACUUAUA